UCUAAAAAUAAUUAUGGUCUAAGCUUAGAAUAUUCUUUUAUUUAAAUUAGUUUGACUGAUCGAUCGAUUAUAAUAAAAAUAUUGAAUAAGAUAUUUUGAAUGUGCUGUCAAAAGAAAUAUUUAAAGCGUGUUUUGCGUUACAAAACUCGUAUUAUUGACAUAUCGUGCAUAUAGCAUAGAACGCAACCGAAACUGCACAUUAUCCACUGAAAACAUUUGUGGACACGUUGGCUACGUAGUUCAAUGUCCGCAUUUUUAUGUCGACAGAGGGCGUAUCAUUUUGAGAGAUCACCUGUAAGCCUAAAACUGGGGCGUGACGUCGCUCAGGUUUCUCUGUUUAUGUAUUUUACGAAUUGAAAGAAUAAUAAAUAAUUCACAAUUCCAUUUCCAAUUCCACAGUUCAAAUUUAUAAAUAAAAGCAAAACAUCUUUCUCUCUUCUGAAAACUGCGUAUCACUUUUAUUGCUAAAUAUCUAAUGAGAAAUGUAAAUGGAGAGACAAAUCCAACCAAAAAUAUAACUGUCUUUUUCUAAUCCCGAUUUUCUGUAGGAUAUAAGAAAAGCUCUCUCGCUUCUCGCUCAGUAUACUAUAAAGCCCAGAGUGCUUAUUAGUUUACUGUUCAAUAUGAAUUUACUCGUAAUAACUACUUUGAGUUGCAUUUUGGACAAUAUUGCACCCUUUUUGAUUAAAUUUAUUUUUCCAUAUGUAUUUGCACAAAGGAGAUAUGACAUUGACUUGCGAAAUGAGCUGAGCAAUUUAAAAGAGGAAAUGGCAGGACUUUCUAUAAUGAACGAGUUUGCCAAGUAUGCCAAACUUCAACGCAGACAUAACCAAUUGGAAAAUAUAUUGAAAGAAAACAUGGAUCAACGACUGAGUUGGAGAUUGAAAUUGCAAAUGUUUUUAAUUUACAGUUUUCGUAUACUGAAUGGAAUAUUAAUGUUAUUUCUUUUGUAUAUAUAUAAAAAAGAACCUGUGAUUAUUCUAUCAAAAGAUACAUUAUGGCCGAUACAGGAUUUCCUGAGUUGGCCGUGUCAACAUGAAAAUGCUAUUUCUCUGUUGGUUUGGAUUAUGAUCGUUCGAUUAGGAGUAUCUGCAUGCAGAAAGCUCCAUGUAUGAAAUAUUUCGUAAUUGAUUUUAUCUUCUAGUGAGAAAAAAAGAAAAGAAAAAGUUUUUCUAUAAUUUUUUUGUAUGACAUUAAGGAUUAAUUUGCAAAAUAAUGAAGAUCAAACAUACCUUUUUUACUGUAUCCAAAACCAUUGAUAUUCGGUAUAACGACGAAAGUAAGCCAUAUCAUUUUAACAUGAAGGAUAUACAUUCCUAAAUUCUUUAUAUAGAAAAUAUAAUUUCAAUAUUUGUGAUAUACAAUAAUUUAUAAUUCAUAAAUUAAAAUUUGUAUUUUGUCAAAUAACAGCUUCUUAAUUGUCUAUUUUUGUUAUUUUAUGUACGCAUUUAAUACCUUCUUACUAUCUUAUCACAUUAAAUUUUCUCCUGAAUAUAAAUAUGUAGUUUGAUAUGUAUUUGAUACUUUGAGAUGGGUAUGAAGGAAUAACAUAGAAGGGGUCACAUAGAUAACUGAAAAGUUGUUGGCGCUGCAUAGGAUCUUGGGAAUGACUAUCUGUUAAGUAUGCAAAGGUGCAUAUCAUUAUCAGUUGCAUAUGUGAUCUUUUGAGUUACAGAUGCGGCUUAUAAUACAAGAAUAGUAAGAUGCCUCCUUUGUUACAUAAGAAGCUAAAAUGGGACAUUUCAUUGUCUUUUUUAGAAAGAAGAUAAUGACAGAAUAGAGAUAUAAUAAAAGUGAGAGAGAGAGAGAGAGAAAAUUGAGAAAAAAGCAUGCUUUAAGUCACACUUAUAUUUUAGUCAUACUUAUAUUUUUGAAUUUACGUUGUUACAAAAUAUAUAUUACAAUAUCCUCGCGAUAUAAAUAUCUACAGUAAA